AGCAAAUUUUGAUUCUAAAAGCAUGGCGUCUUUCACUAUCACUUGAAACGUCAACUCUCGAUUGGAAUUAGUCGAAUAAGUGAGCCUAAUUCUGAGCGACAGAAAUAAGCUCUUAGAUGAAUAUAUUGGCUGUGACGCUUACGUGAAAUAAUUUAUGCGGAACGUCGUAUAAUUGGAUUUCUUAAGACACGAGAAUACGAUAACCUCAAACGAUGGACGAAACAUAUUUUGACGAGGGCCCAGCGGGAAAUUUUGAAACGGCAACGUUAGAGAUCACCAAAGAUCAUGACGGCAAUGAUCCCAAUAGCGCGACUUCUGUGACCGACGGAAUCAAUACCGCAAGAAGGAAUACAGAGAAUGAAGUCAAUGCUGCGAAUCAAAUUCCAACAUCAAAGAAUGUUUGCAAUAUUCCUUUCAAACAUAUCGAUAUACAUUCCUUCUUCACGGAUAGAAAUGAAGUUGUGGAAAGAGCUCUAAAAGAUUGCCAAGAUAGUUUGAUAAAUGAAGAAGAGAAGGAUGUAGUUGGGAGCUGGCUCUUGACAGAAAUAAGCUUAUGGGAUGUUGAGAAGGAAAGACUUAUAGUGCUUACCAAAAAAGCUCUUUACUCUGUAAAAUAUGAUUUUAUUUCCUUAAAAAUACUUGAGUAUAAUCGAGUACCUUUAUCAGAAAUUGAUACACUGGUUUCUGGUGAACUAGUCUAUCCAUCUACAUCUUUAGCUCCAAGAUUAAGUGGAUUGGCAGAGGGUGUGUCAUCAAUAUUUAAUUGUGCAGUUCGUCAAGAGUGGUCUUCUCUUACUUCUUGUACCGGUCUUGCACAAUUUGAAUCUAGGAAAAGAUACAUAUCUGGGAUAAGAUUGAUGUGGAAUCGCGGUACUCCAUUGCCGCUGACCAAGAAAUGGAAUCCAUUUGCAAAAAACAUUCCAUGGCUCACGUAUACUAGUCAUCCAUUGUAUUGGUACAAAGGUUCGGAAGCGGAUAAAGCAAAAUUUGACGUUGAUGGCUUACAUGCGACAAUUAUAAGUUUAUUGUCGCCAGAAUGUGCCAUAAGAACUGGAUCUAUUAUCAUAGAGAAUUACUUUGGCUUAGGUGCCUUAGUACACAACAGAAAUGCAUUAGGCUUUUUUAAGAUCCGGGGUAAAGUUAGCUUUUAAAGAUUAUGCUGGCAUAAUUAUGAUUUCUCUUCAAUGUAUCGUGGAGAUUCGUAUUUCAAUUUCUAAUCUUCUAUGUAUGUAUUUAUAAAGUUUACAGCAUUUAUAAAAAAAUAUCAAAACUUAUAGCGAUAUAAGUAUAAUUUAUGUAGAAAAACCUUUGAAUGAAUUUGUAAUUAUUUCAUCUCGUUCAAAUCUUUGGUCCUAAUGUAUGGUUCGAUUUUUACAUUCCAUUUUGAAACGAAUUCAUACAAAACAUGCCAUUAUUUUACCUUGUUUGCA